AUGGAAGCAGUUAAGGAUGUGACGGAGACAGUGACUGUGGACCUGGGUGCACUCCUGGACGCCGGGGACGACGCCAUGGUGAUACUCGAGGCAGGUGACCCUCGGCUGGUGGCACACAGGGCUGUCCUGGUGGACAGGAGCCAUGUGUUGGCAGCCAUGUACGCCCACGACACCCUUGAGACGAGCACCGGCGUGGUGAGGAUUGCCGAUGUGGGGGGCCCGGUGCUGAGGCAGCUGGUCUCCUACCUGUACACCCUGCAGGCCCCCCAGCUGCCCGGCACGGCCCCCCAGCUGCUGGCCGCAGCCGAUAAGUACGGUGUGUUGGGGCUGAAGGCGGAGUGUGAGAGGCAGGUUGCCGCUCAGCUGACUGUUGAGACUGCGGUAGCGACAGCCGUCCUCACAGUCCGCCACUCCUGCAGUGACCUCAGGCGAGCCACCAUCGAAUUUAUUAAGGCACAUACCCACGAGGUGAUGGCCACUCAGGGGUGGGCAGAUGCGAUGCUUCAUCGACCUAAAGACUUGAUCGAAGUGAGCCGAUUGCUGUGUGAUCCACCACCGAAAAGCAGCACAGGCCAGCUGCCCGCCUUACCCUCCUCUGGUACUCUCGCGGAGAAGAUAUGCUCUGGUGGCGCACUGCUCUCCGUACGGCUGCUGCGUCACAACUGGGCCGCACCAACAGCCGGGGCGCACGGCUGCCCCCACCCGGCUCUGACGUCACGGGGCGGCGUUGCCAGCUCGCGCGGCAGGUGA